GAGAUAUGUAUGAAGUUGGUGUGGACAGUGGAAAGAUGUAUUCCAUAAAUGUACCCUUAAAAGAUGGCAUUGAUGAUCAAAAUUAUGACAGCUUAUUCAAACCAAUCAUAACCAUGGUUGUAGACCAAUAUCAACCAAGUGCAGUUGUUUUACAGUGUGGAGCAGACUCCCUAGGUUGUGAUCGGCUGGGAUGUUUUAACCUUAGCAUCAAGGGCCAUGGGGAAUGUGUACGUUUUAUGAAGUCUUUUAACCUGCCAAUGCUAGUUCUAGGUGGAGGUGGAUAUACCAUUCGAAAUGUAGCAAGAUGUUGGGCGUAUGAGACAUCAUUACUAUUAGAUCAAGAUGUAUCAACUGAGAUCCCUUAUAAUGAUUACCUGGAAUACUUUGGGCCAGACUUUUCUCUUCAUCCAGACAUUGCAUCAAGAAUAGAAAACCAGAAUAGCAAACAGUACUUGGAUCAGAUUCGAACGACUGUCUUCGAAAACAUCAAAAACCUUAACGGUGCACCAAGCGUACAGAUGCAAGAGGUUCCACCAGACUACCUGUGUCUUGAGAACAACGAAGAUCAAACAGACCCAGAUUCCAGGCACACAGAUGAUGACUCGAGGUUAGCUGAAAAUGACUUUUACGACGGCGAACAAGACAUCGAUCGAGACUCGCCGUCUCUGGAAGUUUGAAGACUAAGUUUGCUUCUGAUGUAGAACGACACUUUUUACUUGUUCAUACAGAUGCCCAACUAGAAGCUAACAGAUAUGAUGUCCAUCACAUCAGGGCUAGGAAAUGAGCGAAUAAUAAUGUGGUCCCAAAACAUACUCUGAGGAACGCCAUUCCACAUCUCUCCAUAUGACAUGUGAUAAGAAACCAACAACCACCUCUUAUCUCAAUUACUCCAGCUUUAUCAAAGAAGUGAUAAGUGAUGUGGUCCCAAAACAUACCUUGAGGAACGCCUUUUCAGAUACUUCGCCGUUCUUCCAUCGCGUGGUGAUAUAUCCUUCUACGUUGCUUUUCCAGUUUUAGAUAAGAAACUUUUUAUUAAUGCAUUCAUCUACUCAUACGUGUGUAUCAUAGAGACUUCUGAUGCCACAGGAAGCCCAACUCGCUUUAUCCUUUUCCCCUUUGAUUUCAUUGCGCUUUCAGACAAAGUUUUCAAUGAUAAUGAAUAUCGUGCGUUAGUAUUUUUUUGAAACAACAUGACUAAAAGUUAGGAAAUAAAAUAUAUCCAAGUGACUAA